CUCACAUUUUACAGUUUUUAAAAGAUUAUUUACAAUGGCAAGUGAAAUAAAGUCUCUGCUGAAAGCUAUUCUAACAGAAAACAUAGAUGACUAUUCUCUUGAAGGGUUAGAAAGUCCCGAAAAAGGUGACGGCUACAUGAGUGACAUAUUAUUUAUUACCUUAACCCCACCCAGAAGUAAACAAUCCAAAAAGUACGAAUUGGUUUGGAAGUGUGGUAAAAAAAGCAAAGAGUUACGGGCAACGACUCCCAUGAGACAAACAUUUAUAACGGAAAUAUUCUUUUACGAUAAAAUAAUCCCCACAUUUACACAGUUUCAACUAGAGAAGGGAAUUCGUGAUCCUUUCAACAGUGUUCCAGAGUGUUACGGAACGUUUAUUACUGAGGAGAUGGAAGUAAUUGUUCUAAAAAAUUUGAAAAGGAGCGGCUACAAAUUAUGGGAUAAGAAAAAACCGUUAACGAAAAAACACAUAGAGUUAAUACUAGAAGAAUAUGCAAAAUUGCAUUCCGUUUCAGUCGCUAUGAGUGAGCAAUAUCCAGAAAAAUUUGCAGAAUUAAGUGAGGGUUUGGGCGAAACGGUAAAAGAGUUUACCAAAACAAACGACAUGAAUGCACUUUUUGGUACAAAUAUAAUAGAACUAUAUGAUUUACUUAAAGGCGAUCUGGAUGAACGUACGUUAGAAACGUGGAAAGGUUUAUAUAAUGAAACGUAUUUCAUUUUCGAUGGAAUGGUAGACAAGAAAGAGGGAUUAAAAGUGGUUCUCCAUGGUGACUGCUGGUGCAACAAUUUCAUGUUUAAAUAUGAUGGCGACGAAACUUCACCAGUGGUUGUUGCUAUAUUUGACUGGCAAUUUUCAACAGUUUCAUCACCAAUUCUUGAUGUGUCGCACCUUAUUUUUGCUAGUAUAUCAAAUGAAGAUGUAGAAUGUAUUAACGAUCUUUUAAAUCGUUAUUAUGAGCAACUGAAAUUCCAUUCGAGUCGGCUCGGUACAUGUUUGGAUAAAUUGUAUACUAAGGAACAGUUUCUAUGUGAAUGGAAAAAAUAUUCCAAGCAUGGUAUCUUAUUUGGGUGUUUGGGACACAAAAUGUGCGUCACUGAAAAAGAUGAAGUUAUUGAUGUAGCUAAUGCUGUUGAUGGUGGCAAAGAUUUUUCUAACGCAUUUUGUUAUGAUGUUAAAAAUAAAACUGCUUUUAAAAAUAGGGCAAGACAUGUUGUAAAGUACGUAGUAGAAAAUCAGUUAGUUUAAUUAAAUGCAGAAUGUAGUUGCAUAAUAAUGUUGCUCUAUUAAAUAUGGGUGUAUGUACAUUUUAUUGAA